GGGGUGUCUAUCUGUCCCAAAUUCCAUUCCUUUUAAAAUAUCGUGGGUCCAAAACUGGCACUACCGCCACAAAAUCUUCCUUUCUCUCCACAAACUCUGCAAAUCUUCCACCGUUGAGCGAUGGUAGAUGGGUAAGACAACCAGGUGGAUCCGCUCGCUUUUCCGGCCAAAAAAGACCCCUUCCUCCUCCAACGCCACCGGGUCGGCUUCUCUAACGCAACAUAAACCUGCAGAUGGGGUUAACAACUCAUCGGAAUAUAAUUCAUACCCCGAAUCACACGAUGCUAACAAGCACGCAAUAGCAGUAGCCGCCGCUACGGCUGCGGUCGCCGAGGCAGCACUCGCGGCAGCCCAUGCGGCGGCGGAGGUGGUCAGACUGACUGCUGGUGGUGGACGAAAUAGAACGUAUUUUGACGUUGAGCCACGGAGGGUAGCGGCGGCAGUGAGGAUUCAGUCCACAUUCCGGGCGUACUUGGCUAGGAGGGCACUAAGAGCAUUGAAAGGAUUAGUGAAGCUUCAGGCACUGGUUCGAGGUCGAAUCGUUCGAAAACAAAGCGCAGAAAUGCUUCGAAGAAUGCAAGCCAUGGCUCGUGUCCAAGCUCGAGCUUGCGCUAGUCGAUCUUCAUUGUCGGCGUCACCACAUUCAAGCACCAGAUCAUCAAACUCGCAUAAUCAUCCUAAAUUUACAAGUGCGAAAGGGUCUUUCAUCCAAGAACGUUUUAAAGGGCUAAAUUGGUUGGAAAAUUGGAUGGACGAUGGAUCAUGGAGCAGUAAACAAUGUCGACCUGAUGAUGAAAGGAGUGAUAAGAUUCUAGAAGUGGAUACCUGGAAGCCUCGGGUUAACCCGAGUCCGAGUAACAAGUCGACAAAUUCCACACCGACAAAGCCUUGGAACCCUAGAUCCGGGACCAGGGAAGUGUUGCCGUUGGGUUCGAUGAUUCUCCGAGAGGCGGAGAAAAAUGUGUCGACGGCUGAAAACACGCCUAGGGCUUGUUCCCCUGGUUCUAGACCUGGAAGUAGCUAUAGACAAAGCCCUUUCACUGAAUAUUCACGUAGUGUUUAUGGUGAUUACUCGAGUUAUCCAAAUUACAUGGCCAAUACUCAAUCUUCACGAGCAAAAUUGAGGUCGCAUAGUGCUCCAAAACAGAGGAAUCUGGGUUCCAGUAGAUCGGUUUGGGAUUAUUCUGAUACUGUUUCCGAGAGAGGAUUUCGAAGCUAGAUCUUGGCUCGUAACUCUAAAUCCAAAUCCAAAUUAUUGGAUUUGGAUUGCAAAAAAGAAAGUCUGUUUUCUUGAUUCAGAG